ACUCAAUCAUAUGACAUGUCAAAGUUCACUUGAGGUCAGUUUUAAACUUAGGGAAUUUAGGUUAACUUACAUUUAUUUUUAAAGUUAGCAUAACUCAUUGUAUAUUCAUUAAUUGUACUUGUCUAACUAUAAAGUAGGCCGGAAACUUUCAUUUUAUUACAAAGACCAAAUAAAGUGUGAACAAUGGGUAAAUUUAAUUUUAGAUUACUUUUAUUAACUUCAGCAAUAUUAUUAAGUGAUUGCAUAAAAUUAAAAUUGUUGGAGAAAAGCUAUAAAAAAGGAUUGAAAGCUUAUACAGAAGAAAGAUGGUCCGAAUGUAUAUCACAGUUUGAAGAAUCGCUACAUUUGUACAAACUCUACAAAUCAUUAAUAACAAAUUGUAGAUUUAAAUGUAAUAACCACCCAUAUUCAACAGACGUGAAAGAAUCUAUAGAAGAUCUACAGUUUAUCGAGACCUAUUUUAAAAGGACGGAUUGUUUGUAUCAAUGUCAAAAUCAAGCUUUUGAGGAUCUAAAAAUAAAUGGUGACAUUGAUGAUUCACUACUCCGGAAUAUGCAAAACAGAAGGCCUUAUGAAUAUUUGCACAUGUGCUACUAUGAGAUGAACGCCCUGCCCAAAGCCGCAUCUGCCGCUUACACAUUUCUUAUAGGGAAUCCAAAUGAUAAAGCCAUGCAAGGAAACCUACAAUACUAUGCACAACAACCUGAAGUUGACAUGAAUGAGUUGGUAGACUUUGAGGGUGAUGACUAUGUACAGCUAUACAGACUAGGUAUUAAAGCUUACAACCAAAAAAAUUGGGCAGACACUGUUGCUAACUUAGAGGAAGUGUUAACUGAUUACUUCUCGGCUGAAAACAUCUGUCGAAUGGAAUGUGAAAGACUACAAGACCUAUAUUCAUCAACAGAAUAUGUAAUUUCAAUAUCCAAUAACAUGGCUUCACUACUCCAUUGCCGUCAACAAUGCCAAAAUAAACUUAAACCACUGAAUUAUAAUUCAGGCGUGGAGUUUGUUGCUGAUGUAUUAAAUUAUUUGCAAAUAUCUUAUUAUUAUCUAGAAAGGUAUAAUGAUGCUGCAAAAUUAGUAACAACAUAUUUAGUACUGAUACCUAAAGAUGAAGACAUGUUAGAAAAUAAACAUAUUUAUAGUUCAUUAGUGGAUGAUAAAGCAUUUAUUGAGAGAACAGAUGUUGUUCAUUAUUAUAAACGGGAUAAUUAUGAAAAGAAGCUAUUGAAUAUUUUUUAUCAAGGCCAAAAUGACAAUAGUAUUGAUUCUAACUCCAUUUGAACACCCAAAUAUAUUUGAAUAACUAGUACAACUGACGACUUGGAACUUUUUUAACAUAGAUUAAGAUAAAAUGAGUCUAUUUUUAUACAUACAUACUAGGAUUUAAUGUUGACCUAUGUGCCAUAUUAUGUUUUAAAUAUAUUUUACAUAAUAAAGAUGUA